UUUUUCAAUUUUUCAUUUGUGCGCCACUGUCAGUUUGACGUUAGCCCUAACCUUACUCUUGCCAAACAAUUCGAAUUAUAUGGCAAUAAAAUGUCGAUAAUUUGCCGGACAUGUCUACAAAUUGUCGACAAGAGCACAUUUUAUUACAUCGACACGUUCGACAACUCGCAAAUAUCGAACACGGUUCCUAAAGAUGUGUUACAAGUGUGCGUACCUGAGAUGGAUUUGUACAUUUCGGAACAGCCUGGCAUUUGCAGCGACUGCCUAAACAUGUUUGAGACUUUCUACAAUUUCAAAAACAAGUGUUUGGCUUCAGAGGACAAAAUCCUCUCUUAUUUCAAACGCAACAAGUUGGACCCCCAGAGCAAAGUCAAUUUGAGCUGCGUCGUGUACGACGUGGACGACAAUGAGACUAACAAAAAGUUGGCACAGCUGGAGACAAGCCCCGAGAUUGAUAUAAUCAAGCUAAACGGGGCCCCCAAGCCUAUUCGGGCGCAGCCCGACGAUAAGGAAGUCCUCUUGUUGACGUGCAACCAAUGCUCGUUUGCAACAAUGGACAAAACGAAGCUAAUCACCCACAAAUGUUUGCCAACCCCCUGCUCGGAAAAAUACAAGUGUCCCUACUGCGAGUAUUCCACCAGCCGGCGUUACCGCCUCAGCUACCACGUCAAUGCCAAGCACACCAAAACCAAUUGGUACCACUGCACACAAUGCGAGUACAAAACCACCGAUUCGAGUUCGCUGCGGCGCCACCUGAAGGUGGUGCACGUGGAGCGCGAGGGCACCGCGGUGGUGACGUGCUCCACGUGCUAUUUCACGACCACGUCGCAAGUGGCGCUCCAGAGGCACAAGGUGGCUAAACAUGGGCCGCCGAUGCAUCAGUGCACCAUCUGUUCCUACCAAACUAAAGACAAGAGCAACUUUAGGAAGCAUCAGUACGUGCACGGAGACAAGCCGAAGAAGUGCACCAAGUGCAGCUACCAGUGUGUGAGUCCCUACCAGCUGGAAAAGCACUACAAGAGGAGCCAUGUGUGAGGCUGUUACGACUGGUUUUGUUAUUGUCUGUGAUCUUUUUUAUUUUUACUUUUGUGGCUUUUUUUAUUUUUAUUUAUUUAUUUUCUACCGGGUGACUACGAAAGAUUGGGAUUCUUGUCAGGCUGGUGACAAAUUUGAAAUUUUAUUUUGGCAACCUUGACUUGUCAAAUUCAAAUGUCACAAUUUUACACAAUGUGUUUUUAAUUGAUUCCCAUCUAGUCGGCUGUGUAUUUCUCAUGUAAAAUCAAAAAAUGCCGCUUCAUAUAACUAAGGCAUUUAGACAUCGAAUUCUUCAUUUAUUGAGUCUCCAGUUCGAACAUAAGCUUCGAUAAUGAAAGUGUUUUCUUGCACGUUGUAACAAUUAAGUUACAUUUUAACGAAGUUUUUAAAAGAAAUUAAUUGAAUUGCCCAAUUGACAGAUUUGACAUUUAUUGACACAGAGUGGCACAUUUUUUUUACAUGUAAACUAGAUCUAGUUAACUAGAUGAGAAUCAUUUAAAAACACAUUGUAUAAAUUAUACAAUAUGUGUAUAAAUGAAUGUAGGAUCGUAGUAGGUAUUAAAAGUUUGCCGCUUCUUUCCAGAAAAAAACGAACAAAGUCAGUAUAUGAAAAAUUUGGUUUUACUGGUUGCCUGAGUCGAUAAAAAUAAGUACAUUAAAUUAAGAAUUGAAAAUGGUCUCCAAAUAUUUUCGAAGAAGCUGCCCAUUUUAAGUGAAACACUCUGUAUAAAAGUAAUUUUGCGUAAUGGCAAUCAUUUUCACAAACAUUUUAAAAAUCUAAAAUUUUCUAUUUGCAAAAUUUUGAAUUAAGAAAUCAAAAUAAUCUUCAAAUAUUUUCAGAAAAACUGUCUAUUUUAAGUAAAACACUCUGUGUAAAAUAAAUUUUAAGGAAUGGCAAUUGUCGUCACAGAUAUUUCAAAAAUAAAUCUAGUUUUUCAGUUUGUAAAAUUUUGAAUAAAAAUAAAAAAUGGUCUUCAAAUAUUUUCAAAAAAACGCUGUCCAUUUUAAGUAAAACACGCUGAUAUCGUCACAGAAAUCUCAAAAAUAAAUCUAGUUUUUCGAUGUGUAAAAUUUUUAAUAAAAAAAGAAGGUCUUCAAAUAUUUUCAAAAAAACGCUGUCCAUUUUAAGUAAAACACUGUAUAAAGCAGUUAUUUUCACAGAAAUUUGAUAGAAAUAAAAUAUUUAAAUGCGGCAAAUUCAAAUUCCAGAACCACCCGAGAUCCUACACUCUUUUAUAAACAGUCCGUACAAUAUUUAUACAGGGUGAUUCAAAAAUACCGGGCAAUCUCUCUGGUGCUGAUAGAGGACAUCAAACUGGGUUAAAAGUUAAAAGUUCUUAAGGCAAAAUUUGUUUGAGCCUUUUUUCACGAGAUAGAGCUCUUCAGAGUUAAAUUUUUAAGUAAAAUUUUUGGUGCUUCAGAUCAUAUUUUUAUGAAUUUAGUUAGCGAAAACGACAGCUUUUGCUAAACAAAUACUUGUUGAAAAAAAUGCAUAAUUAAUGUCUUACGAUGUACAGGUGCUGCAUUUCGAAUGUCCGUAUAGAGGAUCUCCGAAACUAAGAGGUUUAGAGAAAAACGAGUGACACAUUCUCUGGUUCGUUUUUUGAGAAAAUAAUUUUGGUCAAAACCGCAUUCCGUUAUCAUCUUUUGUUUUUGACUUAUAAACAAGUGUUGACAUUUAAGCGAAAUCUUAAAAAAUUCAUAUCUUUUUAUUAUAAAAGAUACACAUUUGAAACAAUAACAAUAUACAAGCACUUUUUUACAGAUAAUUUAAUAAUGUUAUCAGCGUUUUUUUAACCUUUCCUUUAGCUGUAAUAACAUAAAGUUUUAUUUUUUUAAAUAGGAUUCAUAGGCGGAUGUCAUAUUUUUGGAAAACAUUUUCUGAUUUGAUAUGUCUAUUUGUGUAAUACAUUAUUUUUAAGUAAUAAAAAAGAACAUAACAUUUCGAUUUUUCUUUAUAGUAGGCCAUGAAAUUUUUUUGGAUUUUUAAUUAAAACCAUGAAAAAAUACCCAACAACUAUUUAUAAUUUAAUGAUUUUUUAAACACUAAUUAAUUCAAAAAUAGCUUAAUACAUUAUUAUUAGAUAAAAUUUUUGCAAUUAAUAAAAUUUAUUUGUUUUUAGAUUUAAAAUGGCCAUCUUACAUUGUUAUUCUAUUUUCUCAUUAAACAUGAAAUGUCAGAAAAAGGAAAAUCUUAUUAAUUGUAUGAUUGCUUGUUAAAAAAAAAUAUUUUACAAAAAAUGUCAAUCCAAACACCAAAAUCAAAUCCCAUCUGCAGUAAAAAAAUACAUAAAAUAAAUAACAUUAUCUUAUCAACGUCAUUGCACUUUACUAAAUCAUAAAAAAGUGUCAUCAAAUGGUAGUAACACAUCGUUUUCAAUUUUCCGCACAUUUUUAUGUGUAAUUAAAAUCUGCAACGAUUGUAUAUUUGUUCAAUUUAAAAUAACUUUAUCAUAGCUUAUUUUUUUUAAUUUAACAUUCUUUAGUUUAAUAUAAUAACCGUCCACAAAAUUUCUAGAUUAUUUACACCUUCUAUGUGAAAUAAUUUUUCCAUGGCCAACUACUUCCAAAUAUUUUAAAUAUUUUUUUUAUCAAAAGUAUAGAAAAAUAUCAAACUGUAUUUAUAUUGUUUUCAGUUCAGAAAAAGAAUAAUCUUUUCGAACUUUAUGUGAUUACAGCUAAAGGAAUGAUUAAAAAAAAUCGUUGAUAACAUUAUUAAAUUCUCUCUAAAAGUGCCUCUAUAAUGUCUUUGUUUCAAAUGUGUAUCUUUUAUAAUAAGGAAGAUAAGAUUUCGCUAAAAUCUCAACUUUUGUUUAUAAAUUGGAAACAGAAGAUUGGUUUUGACCAAAAUUAUUUCUCAAAAAACCGACCUGUUUUUCUCUAAACCUUUUAGUUUCGGAGGUAAAAUUAAGUUGCUUGAAAGAAAAAUCUGACCUCAUUUUUGUGCUUAAAAUUUAUAACUGAACGUCUUUUAUCACCUACGAGAGUUUGUCUGUCACUUUUGAAUCACUUUGUAGUGUCACCCGGUGUGUUCAGUUUGAAAUUCAAAAGCCGCUAAAGUAAAAAGACCUAUUUUUUUAUCUAUCAGGAGAAAUCAGCAAAGUGGUAGAUUUAAGAACAAGUGUCAGUUAAUUGUCAUUUUUAAUUUUAUCUACUGUUUGAUUUAUACGUGGAACUUUAAGGCAUUAAAAAACAACAUAAUUGCCAACUUAUAAGCGAUGACAUGUACAAAUUACGCAUGCUAAAUGUCACUUCGACAAUUCAAAUUUAACGUCACAGCCACGUCACAGCUUACUGUCGUAUUAUCUUUUUUUAAACUAUAAUAAUUAAUUAAAAAAUUCCCUAGCCGUCAAGCAGGCUGUUUUGUCUUAUAAAGAAAUCAGCCGAUAGAUGGCACUAAUUAAACAUAACCAAAAUAGAACCGUAUUCUCUGUUUCUCUGAAAACGCCAACGUCGCAUUUUCUCUGAAUGUUAGUUGUUAUCUGGUUGUUGUAAAUUAUUAUUCAUGCACUUGGUAAAAUUAAUAGCUAAUGUAAUUUAUAAGUGGGUUAUUUCUCUCCUAAAAUACUAAUUACACCAUUUAGAUACUUCGGUAAAAUGCGACGUUGACGUUUUUUUAGUUACAUUAGCUGUUUCAAAACUAUAAAAACGCCAACGUCGUAUUUUACCGAUUUAUUUUUUAAAUAAGAUUAAUAAAAUUGUAAAAUAGUUAUUAAUAAUUAGAUCUCUCAUUGACAGUAUAAAUUAUAUUAACUGUUAUUUUUUUGGAAUGGAUGACGUUGGCGUUUUUAUAGUUUUGAAAUAGCUAAUAGUUUAGUAAUAUAGAACAGUUUAUAAUGUAAAAUUUUAAAGCGUAUUUGACAAAUAUGGCAGCAAUUAAGUUGUUUAUUUCUAUUCAGUACUAUUUCAGGUCGUGCCUUUUGCUGAUUUUCCCCUAUUUGUUUUAUUCCCCAUGAUCAAGAAUGACAUUUGACCGAGAAAAUCGAUUGUUUGCAACACUGCAUUGUAUAUCGUUUUGCUGACAAAUAUUUAACAUAACUAAUUAAAUAGAUGUUUUAGGUAUUUAUCCUUUUAUUAAUUUUUAUAGUUUUUCUAGAACGUUGUGACUACUUAUUCAAAUUUGUGAUCAAUGUUGUCUGUAACGUUGAAUUUAAUUUCAAUUUAAGCGUGCCAUGAAAUAUUAGUUUGGAUCAAUUUCAAGUUAAAGUUUUAUAUAUUUUUUUUUAAUUCUCAAUUUUCACUUAAAAAUUUCAGUGUUAUUCGGAAAUAAAAUUAACUAGACGCCCUCUGGUGAUGACUUUUGAACUAUGUCGAAAACAGUAAAGAAAUUUUCGUAAUGCCACAUUUAACUGACAUUUAAUGAAUUGUUCAACAAUUUUGCGUGUAUAGUGUUAAUUACUUACAAUAGAAAGAAUUACUUUAAAAGUACGUGGUGGUAAAUACUAGCGUUGACUUUGGUUCUGUAGUUUUUCGUGGUAUAAAGUGUUUAUUGUUGGAACUUGAAAGUGGAUAAAAAGUGAAAAAUAUUUAAAUAUUUAAGUAAUGGAUCACAGCGAACACAAAGUUUGGCUCAAGAAACCAAUAAAUUAGUGAAGUGUUAUGAAUUUUAGGUUAGAAUUUUCCACUGAAAAAAUCAUGAAAUGCUGCGGUAAAUCUGCAAAACUACAAUAAAGAUUAACAACUGCUGAUACAUUUAAACGUAAAUUAUGCCAAAAGGUAGGCUUUUCAAUGUCUUUGUAAUAAUUUUCCAAUAAAGAAAGUGAACCAAACAGUCAUUCGUUAUUCGUGUUUUCCUCGUCAUCUCUCAUUUGUCAACAUAAGUUUCUUGCAUCAAAGAUGUAAUAAUCAUUCCGCAUAGGCAAUGUAAUAAUUGUGAAGCCCCAAAAUUCGUACAACGCUCAAAAUAUCCGAAUAAACAUUUUCCCUCCAUUUAUGGUUACUGUUUUUGACCUAGCUCAGUGGCGCCCCCAACGGUAAUUUUACUUCCGAAUAAAUAAUUAAAAAUUUUUUUGAAAAAUUAGCAUUAUUUUGGAGUAAAAAAAAAUUAAAAUUUUUUUCUUUGUCGUUUCAUUUUUAAGAAAAAAUUAAAAAUUCAAAAAAAAUUUAUUACAAAAUAAAGCAAAUUUUCUAAGAAAUUGUUUCACAUUAUUACUUUCCACAAUCAUGUACUACACCAUAAAUAACAACAAUUACUGAAAUUUUAAGGCUGCAUUUGAAAAAAAAAACGCAUUUCAAAGUGCACCAAUGUAUCUUUGUGGGGGCGGGGGAAGCUCCGAAGUGAUGCUCUGGAGUGCUAUGGACUCGGAAUUCGCCAAUUUUGGGACACCUGUAUAGUGGUUUUUUAUUAAAAAAUUCAUUGUGUUGCAAAUAACGAACGUGUUACCAUGACAACUCAUAUAAAAGUCAAUGCCAAGAGCUCGUACCGCAUAAUGAUUCAGUGUUCUUUUUGCAUUCCACGACAUACAGUGUUGCCAACAUAAUUUCAGACAAAAUUCAGUAUUGCCAACUGAAAGUGCCAUUCUUGAUCACGCGGUGUUUUUAAUUUUUUGUUGUGAUUUUAUACAAAGUUGACUCAAAUAUUAAAAAAAAUGACUACGCAUUUAGCUGGGCCAAUAUAUUCAAGUUUGGCUAUUCGACUUAAAUUUCUUCAAUAGUGUUGUACCUACUUGAUGUAUUAGACAAUAGACAAAUAAACAUUAUUCGAAAAAGUU